AUGGCAGAGAAAAGUAGUAGUCGCAGGCCCGGUGGCUCGGCGUUCAAACAACAACGUUUGAAAUCGUGCCAGCCAGUUAUUGCUCCCAAGUCGGUUAUUCCAGUAUUCUACCUGAUUGCGAUUAUUUUUGCACCUUUGGGAGGAUAUUUAUUGCAUGAAAGUGAUAAGGUAUCAGAACUUAUGAUCGACUAUACCCACUGUGCACAGACUGAAUCUAACGGAGGAGCCCCAACGGGAGAGUUUAAAAAUAUGCCCAUAAAUAAUGCCGUAAUCGCCUUCUACAAACCUCAAAUCUCAUACAACUUCCCUCGAUGGAAACAACGUCAAGCUUUGGCUUGGAACGAAACUAUAACACAGUGUGUUAUUCAGUUUACUGUUCCAACAGAACUGAACCCACCUGUACACUUUUUGUAUAGACUGACAAAUUUCUAUCAGAAUGAGAGAUCUUAUGUCAAGAGCCUUGAUCCUGAUCAGUUGAGCGGAGGCAAGCCCGACCGCGCGCAACUAGCCCAUAAUUGUAAAGACCUUUGGGAAACUGCAGACCACAAGAUUAUUUAUCCAUGCGGGAUGAUCGCUAAUUCGAUGUUUAAUGAUACUUUUAGCAAUCUUACAUUGGUCAACUCGCCGAUUCAGAACAUUCCUACCUCAUACAAUUUCAGUCAAACAGGCAUAGCGGCAAGUGACGACGAUGACAAAUACGAUGAAACUUCUUACAAUAUAUCAGAAAUAGCACCGCCACCAAACUGGGUCAAGAGAUAUCCUGAUGGAAAGUACACCCCCGAAUUUCCACCUAUUGAUCCUAGCAAAAAUGAGUUGUUCCAAGUGUGGAUGCGUCUAGCAGGUUUGCCUAGAUUUAGAAAGCUGUAUGGUAUCAAUAACAACAACACUUUGCCUAUUGGGACAUACGAACUUGUUAUUGAUUUACUGUGGCCAGUUAGUAGUGGGAGAAAAAGUUUCGUUAUUACAACGACCACUGAGAUUGGUGGGAAGAAUCCGUUUUUGGGCCUUGCGUAUAUUAUAAUUGGAAUGCUGGGUGGGGUACUUGGUAUAGUUUUCACUGUAAAACACUUUUUACAGACACCGAG